UAAGGAGCAGUUCUGGGUUAAUGCAUUGAAUCUUCUGUAGGUGAUACCCUUUUGUCCACAAGGCACUAGAUCUUGGGUGUGAAGGACUUCCUCUGUGAAAUCUGCACCAACUGAAGUGGAAAAGGUCUUCCAAAGGAAAUUAAACUGAAGUAGGAUGAACCCACACCCCCUUUCUAAAACGAUGCUGAACAUUUGCUUUUCCAUACUUCUGUAAAAGUCAUUCUGGGUGUUAGCAUCUUGGCAGAACUACAGGACUUUCAAAUGGUGCAUUGUCAUGGGUUAUAUUUAGUCAACUGGUAAAUAUGAUUGCCCUUUAUUUGCAAUUACACUAACUCAUCUGAGUGCUGCCUCUGCAUUUAUUUCAUUAAUUCUACUCUUUUUUUUGUGUGUGGUUUUCUUUGUAUUUUUUCCUCAAGUUUUGCUUCAGCUUCUGAGUUUUGAGCCCCCCGAGUGAUGUGGCAUUUUGAUUCCACUGAAGUCAUACAAACUCUGGUUACGAUUUAUUAUCGUAACAAGUUUUCAGCCUGUUUCCAAUUGUCACACACACACACAAAAAAAAAAAGCACACAAAAUAAUGGGGUAGUUGGUUGGAUGGUGGCUGGUGUUGGUCUGUAUUGGAUUCAACUGGUUGCUUCGUCAGGGCUUACUUCAUAUUUUUAUUGCUGGGUGCUGAGACACUUUGCAGCCAGCAGCUUCCACACAGGUUGAGAAGUAACUGGAAAGAUGAGAGGGGCCUGAGAAACCAGCAAAUCUGCGCUGAGGGAAGGGGGUGACACUUUCCACCUACGCUACCUCGGAGGAGGACGCUCUGCUCACAGUCUCCCGCCAGCUGGAGGAUGCCACCGCUGUUCCUGUUUUGCUGACGGUGGCCAGCAGCCGUCCUCUGCUCCCCCAGCAGCUCCCGAUAACUGUUUUGAUGUAUUGCUGGAUGGACGGGGCUUGCGCUGCCCUACAGCCCUGCUGAUAUAAAAAUGCCUUUAAGAUCCUGCCUUUCCCAUCCUAAUCUACAAAGGAAACAGGAAAAAGGAACUUAAACUCCCUGUACUCAGACAGCAAUGAGACUGUUCCAGCCUGCUUCGCCGCGCCGGUUUCUUGCCCAUGACUUGUAAACACACUGCGGUGUAGCAUGCUGGAGGAGAGUCACCGGUAAACUCCUGCCCCAGGAAAAGAAUACUCCAUGAGUGGCUGCAAGAACUGCAUGGAUAUAUCUUGGAAAGCAUGGACCCUUUAGCACAUCUGGUUCUCUAUGGAUUCAGCCUGAUGAUUUCAGGUAAAGUGGAAGCAGCACUGGACCUCAUACUGAUCAACUCAUUCCCUCUGGUGGGCAACUCAGAGACAUCACUCAUCUGUAUCACUUCCAAGUGGCGCUCCCGUGAGUCCAUCACAAUUGACCGGGACCACGAGGAUGUGACAAACCAGCACCGAGAGCCGCUGGAAGUGAGUGAAGACUCAAAGAGAGCCACAGCCAAAAUGGUGGUGUGGAAAAGGGAACAGGCCAGCGAGACUAUUGGAGCAUACUACUGUGAAGGGAAGCUCAAGGAUGAAGUGACGAGGAUACACACCAUGAAGAUGCCGCUGGGAGCUUCAUUCCACCCUGUGGCCUUAACUGUUACAGCAAACAAGGGAGAGCAUGUGAAUAUUUCCUUCAUCAGAAUGGCAGCAAAAGAGGAAGAUGCAGUGAUCUACAAAAAUGGUUCCUUCAUUCACUCCGUGCCCAGGCACGAAGUGCCGGGCGAGCUGGAAGUCUCCUAUCCUCAUGUUCAACCACAGGAUGCAGGGGUUUACUCUGCCAGAUACAUAGGAGGAAACCUCUUUACUUCUGCUUACACAAGGCUUAUUGUAAGACGAUGUGAAGCUCAGAAAUGGGGCCCUUCCUGUAGCUCCCACUGCCCUUCCUGCAUGAACAAUGGCAUUUGUCAUGAAGAUACUGGGGAAUGCAUCUGUCCUCCAGGUUUUAUGGGAAAAACAUGUGAGAAAGCUUGUGGAGCCAAUACAUUUGGCAAAACAUGUGAAGAGAGCUGCAAAGAAAACUAUGGCUGCAAAAACUAUAUGUUCUGUCUGCCAGAUCCAUAUGGUUGUUCUUGUGCCACAGGAUGGAUGGGACUGGAAUGUGAUAAAGAGUGCAAACCUGGUUUUUAUGGGUCAGAUUGCAAACUCAGAUGUAAUUGUCACAAUCGAGGGACGUGCGACAGAUUUAAGGGCUGCGUCUGCUCCCUCGGAUGGCACGGUCUGCAAUGUGAAAAAGAAGGUUCAGCAGAUCUUUCGCCUCAGAUAGAAAACUUAUUAGACCCUGUGGAACUCAAUUCUGGUGUCGAGUUCAAGCCUUUUUGUAUAGCUACUGGGAUGCCACUUCCUAAAUCUGAAGAAUUUAAACUUUUGAAGCAAGAUGGAACUGUCCUAAGGCCUUCCUUAAUUGUCACCAGUAAUCGCUCUGAAGCUAUGUUUACAAUUAAUCGAGUCCAGCCCCGUGAUACAGGAACCUGGGUCUGCAGCGUGCAGACAGUAGCAGGAAUGGCUGAGAAGCCAUUUCAAGUUACAGUUAAAGUUCCUCCUGUGCCACAGUAUGCCCCACGGCUGACAGACAGUGGACAUAAUUUUCUCAUUAUUGAUAUCAAUGCUGAGUUACAUCUUGGAGAUGGACCUGUUGUGUCAACAAAACUCCUGUACAAGCCAGCAAAGCGUUAUCAGUCCUGGAUGUCUGUAGAAGUAAAAGGCACAACCAAAAGACUGGACAAUCUGGAACCUAAAACAGAGUAUCAGUUCUGUGUUCAGCUGAGUCGGCAAGGGGAAGGUGGGGAAGGCCAUCCCGGACCACAGGCUAGCUUCACAACAGCUGCACUUGGUCUUCCUCCACCAGAAGGUCUCACACUCCUUCCAAAAAGCACGACAUCGCUGAAUUUGUCAUGGCAUCCUUUAACUCUGAGGACAGAGGACGACAUUCGUGUUGAAGUGGAAAGGAAGAGCGUGAAUGACAAUGGUGACGAGAGCAGUGUUAUUACUCAAGUGCCAGGAAAUAUGUCCACACUGAUCAUUAAAGAUCUUGAGCCCAGACAGCAAUACAUGUGCAGGGUACGGGUGAACACCAGGUCCCAAGGAGAAUGGAGCAACUACCUGUAUGCGUGGACUUUCAGUGACAGAAUCCCUCCUGCACCAUACAACAUCAAGUUUUCUAACACCACUGACACAUCUUCAGUCAUCUCUUGGACAACUGCCGAGGGUCACUCCAUCUCCUCCAUCAUCAUCAGCUACAAAAUUUAUGGCAAGGCUGAGUACAACCACAUCGACAUUAUCAUUAAGAACACCACCAUUACUCAAUACCAUCUCAAGGGCCUCGAGCCAAACACUGUGUACCAGGUUCAGAUUAACGCUCAGAACAACAUCGGCUUGAGCAACCCAAACACAUCCUUUGAACUGAAGACUCUUCCAGAAACUAAAGCUCCAUAUGAAUCGAAAGGAGGCAAAAUGCUGCUUAUUGCUAUCCUUGGCUCUGCAGGGAUGACCUGCGUAACGAUUCUCCUGGCCUUUCUCAUCAUGCUGCAGUUAAAGAGAGCCAACUUCCAGCGCAGAAUGGCUCAGGCUUUCCAAAAUGUGGUGAGGGAAGAGCCAGCUGUACAGUUUAACUCGGGUACUCUCACUCUGAGCAGGAAAGCCAAAAACAGCCCAGAUCCCACCAUUUAUCCAGUUCUUGAGUGGAAUGACAUCAAAUUUCAAGAUGUGAUCGGGGAAGGUAACUUUGGACAAGUCUUGAAAGCACGAAUUAAGAAGGAUGGCUUACGCAUGGACGCUGCGAUUAAAAGGAUGAAAGAGUAUGCCUCAAAAGAUGACCACAGAGACUUUGCUGGAGAACUUGAAGUCCUUUGUAAACUUGGCCAUCAUCCCAACAUCAUAAAUCUUCUGGGAGCAUGUGAACAUCGGGGAUAUCUUUACCUUGCCAUCGAAUAUGCCCCCCACGGAAAUUUACUGGACUUCCUUCGGAAAAGCAGAGUGCUAGAGACAGACCCAGCAUUUGCCAUUGCCAACAGUACUGCAUCUACACUUUCCUCUCAGCAACUUCUCCAUUUUGCAGCAGAUGUCGCUAGAGGGAUGGACUACCUGAGCCAGAAACAGUUUAUUCAUCGAGAUUUAGCAGCAAGAAACAUCUUGGUUGGAGAAAACUAUGUUGCAAAAAUAGCUGACUUUGGCUUAUCCAGAGGUCAAGAAGUUUAUGUUAAGAAGACCAUGGGACGGCUUCCAGUGAGAUGGAUGGCAAUUGAAUCUUUGAAUUACAGUGUUUACACCACUAAUAGUGAUGUAUGGUCAUAUGGUGUCCUGUUAUGGGAAAUUGUUAGCUUAGGUGGAACACCAUAUUGUGGAAUGACAUGUGCAGAACUCUAUGAAAAAUUGCCUCAAGGGUACAGACUGGAAAAGCCUCUCAACUGUGAUGAUGAAGUGUAUGACCUAAUGAGACAGUGCUGGAGAGAGAAACCAUAUGAAAGACCAUCAUUUGCUCAGAUAUUGGUGUCACUGAACAGGAUGUUAGAAGAAAGAAAGACCUAUGUGAACACUACCCUAUACGAGAAGUUUACCUAUGCAGGCAUUGACUGCUCCGCUGAAGAAGCUGCUUAAGAUAGAAGAAAUCUACAUUCACCAACGAUGUAUUAAACAAAACCAAAACUCAAUCUGCUGGAGCCCAGAAUGUGAUGUGCUGUGUAGAACCGUGUAUAGUUCUAACUGUAUAUAAUACAGUAAUACUGUUUUACUACAGAUAUCUAUGUGUAUAUCACACAGUAACCCCUGCCUCCACAGACUGUAGAAGUGUACAUACUGCUCUGAGUAGGAAUAGACUGAAGUCAUAAAACCUGCUUUCAUAUGCAGGGUAUUCUUCUUUUCUAGUCAUGUAGAUGAAGUGUAUACAUUACAAUUAUUGUAGUGCAUUACAUGUUGCCAUCGUAGACAUGUUUGAUACUUUUCAAGAGCUACUGAUAGCAAAGUCAGUAAGUUACAGCAGUAUUUCAUAUACAUUUUAAUUGUGAUUCAAACAAAAAUGUUAUGCUCUAUGUGACAGUGGUAUUUGCAAGCAGAUGCCAAUCCAGUAUUGUGACCAAGAAUACUAAGAUUCCUAUUUGAAAGUAACGGUAAGGUUGUAGAAAUAAUCUGUUCAAAAAUUCUGCUGACACUUGUAAGAUAUAAGGAAUAAUAUUGCUUUUCCAGCA